AUGGCAGGUCAUUCUCAUUCGGCAAACAUUAAAUAUCGUAAAGACCGGCAGGAUAGUGCCCGGAGCCAACUCUUUCUCAAAUUGCGAAAAAAAAUAGAGAAUAUUAUUCGAGAGAAAGGAGCAGUGAAUGAAAAAGCAUUGAACCUUGCUCGAGAAAAUAAAUUUCCUAAGGAAAAGGUCUAUCAGAUUUGGGAAAAGUUUAGAGCAGACAGAGAGGGCGAGCAUGAACUAUUUUCUUCCGAUAAAGAGGUGAUACAUAUAGUAAAAAAUAUUGUAAAAGAAAACAGAAAAAUAGUAGUAAUUGAAGAAAAAAGUUUUUGGAAAACUCUACUUCCUUGCCAAUUAGUUAGUAAAGAGGAAAUAGAUUAUUAUCAAGAAUUAAAGAAACAAUUAAGUAGCAGUAAUUUUUAUACUAAUGUAGAAAAAUAA